AUGUUUACUGAACAAAGGGUAGAGCAUAUUGCAGGCUCGUCCUCUUCGCUGUUGUUUCGGCCAUUUUGAUCGUGGUUCGAAAUAAAACAGAAGCUCUAAAAAUGGCUCCCAAAGUGGAAAUGGCAGUCGGCCUGCAAAAAGGCCACAAAGUUACUAAGAACGUUACAAAGCAGAAACCAUCACGAAGAAAGGGGGCAUGCAAUAAGAGAGUAAAGUAUGUCCGUGAUGUURUCAGGGAAGUGGUUGGCUUUGCUCCUUAUGAAAAGAGAUGUAUGGAGUUGCUMCGUAUCGGCAAGGACAAGAGAGCACUGAAAUUCUGUAAAAAGAGGCUUGGAACUCAUGUCCGUGGAAAGAGAAAGCGUGAAGAAAUCUCAGGUGUCCUGGCUCAGAUGAGGAAACAGCAACAUUAAAUUACUAUGACAUUAAUAAAACUGCCAUUUUCUUGCAAA